AUGUUCCCGUUUGGCGUCAACUGUCAAGUAUGGAUUUUUCGAAAGUCCGACACAGACCAACUCCAUGAAAUGCCUCAAGGGCCCCUUUUGAGGACACCAAGGCUCUAAAUACUUCUCAAGAAACACGUGCUCGUUCACCAUUUCCGGUUCCGAUGUGGUUGGCUUGGGCGUCGCUGGUAUCGGUGAGGUCAAUUCCGCCGGAGGCGGAAUUCUGAUGAGCGGAACUCUUUUUGGUUUUCGGAUUUUCGUCCGAUCCCCGAUGGCAUCAAAAGUGCGCUUUGUAGGCACAGUUUUGUGAGGGAGUUUUGGCCUGGACCUCACUUUGAAAAUGGUUUGGUUCGUUUUGAGAAAAACGCUUUUUCACGCAAGGUGGAGCGCACAACUAGCACAAGUACAAGUCGCAAAGGGUUGUCGCUAAUCUGAACAGUGAAAUUGGCAUGGUUGGACGUAUUACGGUAAAUAAUGUCCGACUCAGAAACGACCCCCAGCGAUUGUAACAGCCCCCAAAUUCAAGAACUGAACAACUUGCGGCACCUCCUCAAAUUACAACGCGACAGGUACACCCAUCUCCAAAUACUAUACCAAGCUGUGGCCGAUUUUAUAUCCACUGCUGGUGCCUUGAACCCUGAACUUGCAACCAAAGUGGAAAAUAUUUUACAUGAGCAAAGUUGCCAGCAAGUUGAUGUGUUAGACAAUGAAUACACACAGUUACUAGGAUUACGAUCUUCAGGAAACAGUGAGUUAAGCUUUAACGAAGGUCGCACUCUCAGAAAAGAAAUAGGGCUCAUUUUGGAGCACAAAUACAAGAAAGUUUGUGACGAGUUUUUGAAAGCAACUUCGCAGAAUGUGAACUCAGUGGAUGGUCGUGACGGUUGUGAUUUCAGUGUCAGGCCUGAAGAUAACACGUUGGUGGUGUUGAAGAAAAAACUGGAGGAGCAACAGCAAAAGUAUUUAGAAAAUGAAUUAACUAAAGAGAAGAUUUUGGAAGAUAUUGCUAAACUACGACUGGAAAAAUUACCAAAAGUGUGUGAUGAAAAAAUAAAAGAAUGUCAAAUAAGGGCCCAAGUGGGCGAACUAAGAACGAAACUUGCGUGCGAGACUUCCAGAAUUGACGUAUUUAUGGAGAGAAGCAACUCGUUGAAAGCCUACAAGGAGCUGCUAAAGGAUAUAAAGGAGCAACAACUUGAAUGUGAGAGCGAGAUUAAACACUUGCAAAAGAUGAGGGAGAAGUACAAACAAGUGGCCUGCAAGCAGUUUGAUCAGAUUUUGAAGUCCUACGUGGAAUACAAAGCCGCGCUUUCAAGAAAGGCCCUCAACCCCAGUAUCAUCCUAAAGUCCGACACGCCAAUGUCGUAACCGAUCAGAGGAAAAUCCGAGGUCCUCAAAGUUUCUGUUAUUUCGUAUCCGAAGGGUUCCCCUACAGUCGAUUAGAGGAGGACUCCCUUCAUCAAAUGGUGUGACCUUCGGGAACCUCGUAAACGGCCAAGGACUGGACGCAGAUAAGUCCCAGAUAUCAGUUCUUCGCGAUUUUCAAUCUUUUCGUUAUAAUAUAUUAUUCGAAUUUCCUUUCUUAAAAAAAAAAUUAUUUCAAUUUUCAAAUUUUCCUUUUUAAAUUUCAAUUUUUAUGCAACUAUUAAUAAUUUUUUAUAACUUAUAAUUUCAAUUAAUGUGAGCGAGCGAAUUGGCCAAUUCUAACGUAAAGAUUCGUGUCAGUAGUUGAUUUAACCAUCAGGUCACAAGAGUAACUUUUAAUAUACGGAAUUUUAAUUGAUUAUUCAAUAGUUUUCUUAUCUCCUUCUCAGUUGGGAGCUUCGUUAUCGAUAACUGAGUGGCGCCCUUAAAAGGCUAGGUUAAAAGGAAUCUUGAACUCGCUCUCGGGGUGUCGAUCAUAAAACUGUCGGCCCGACCGGCUUAGGGUGCUUCAAAUUCUGUGGUUAAGCUGAUGUCACAACAAAGAAUGUAUUUGUGAUUUACAACAUUACCUACAUUGGUCUUACUUGAUAUUUGUAUGCCCAAAGAAGAUGUUCCCAAUUUGAACAGUUUUAUUUUAAAUUUGAAGUGUUUAUUUAAUGAAAAAGAAAAAACGUUCUAAAAUACUGGUAAAUCACGAUAAAAAGAAACUAAUUCAAGGCGUUCUCUGGAUUGUCAAUUUUUCGGAUUACUCAAUUAGUUUAAUAAAUAUAAUUUUAAUUUAAGAUUCGAUUAACAUAUAGUCGAAUUAAAAGAUUUGACUGUAGUUAGGAACGUAGGUGUUAUGCAAUGAAACAUGCGUAAAAAAAGAUUCAUAUAUUUUCAAAAAAAAAUCUAAAUACUUUUUUAACUAACAGAAAUUUCUAUAUUUCUAUCUUCCAUUGCCUUUGGAUCUAGCCAUUUUAUAAAAUGUCACUAAGCACAAACUCCACACAAUAGCACAGCGAACUGUUAAACAGUAAUUAAAAAUUACCAUAGUUUUGCACUUCUUAUAUUAGCAGAUGCUUCCUCCUACCACUUUAGGGAGAUUACAUUACAAUGUAGGGGGUUGGUGUUUUCUCUUUUGAAUAGCAAUAACUAUACUUUCCCAAGAAUGUAAAUUUUAUAAAAACGAAUAACAUAUAAUAACGAAUAACACUCUUAAAUACCUAUGGUCACUGGUAGAGUAGACAAUUAACAAAAAAAUCUUUAGGUCAAAGAACUCAAUUCAUCUUUUUUUACUUAAUUUUAAUUUUAUUUUUUAAUUACUAAAAAGUGUACUGUCAACAACAACAAGCAGAAAUGUCAGUUGUUAUUUACAAAAAUAAAAAAUUACGUUAUAAUUCAAAAACCAAUUACGUCAUUAAUGUUGCUAUACUGUCAUAAUCAUAAUAUAUAUAGCAUGCACACAACUGAGUCCUUUGAAAACUAAAACAUUCCUUUUCAGCAUAUUAUUUGUUAUAUUUAAAAAAAACAAAGUGUAAAUUAGGUUUUUAUUAAGAAUAACAGUGUACACUGGCGAGCACUUUUGACAUUUUACUGACAUAAUCGUGGGCAAUACUACUCUAACCUUUUUGACAAUGAAAUGACAAAUGUGUCCAAAAUUUUUUGCUCGCUAUUGUAGGUGUCAUUUUUUGACGAAACAAAGUCGUGCGAAUUUUUUUAAUUCUAUAAUUAUUAUCAUUAUUAUCAAUUUUUACAUUAAUUUGUACAGAACACAAUAGCUCCAAAGCGUUAUAGUUUAGGAAAUAGUCACGCAAUACGAAUUUACUGUUUUAAAUUAAAGUUAGUAAACAAAGCCUAAAGUUAGUUAGGGUUUUGUUAGGUGCUUCUAGAAGUGACUUUUGAUUUUUGAAAAAGAAAAACCAAAACCAAUUCAAUUUACGUUAACAAUUUCUGGGUAAUAGAAAAUUAGCCUGGUGUGUGUUCACAAAUAAAGUGCUUUCUAAAUACCAGCCUUAGAUAAAGAAAUUAUUAGAUAAACAAGUUACCUAUUAUAAUACCAAUUAUAAAUAACGUGAAACCCUUAAAUUAUUAUUAAGCGGAUAAUCCCUUUUCUGGUUACAUGGUUUAACUUUCUCUGGGUUGGUUCUUAAUCUCGACCAAAUUCCUUUUUCAACGGAAACAAAAGUCAUUAUUGUUUCGAUGAAUAAGACUAACAAGAAAGUGAGAUGUGACAAAUCUAAUCAUUUUUAGCAGGUACCUACUUUUGGGUCUGUUACUCAGACCUAGACCCUCCGGUCCCAUUGUAAAUCUUUCUGCGGAUUUGUCUAGUCAACUGCUAUAAAUCAUCGCCCAAGGAAUUUUGUGCUUCCAAUGAAUUAAAAUUUUCGCAAUAUUAAGCUUAUUUUUAAUAACAGAAAAAAAUUAAAAAUACCAAGGUGUUUAAAAUAACAAUCUCUAUCGCUUGGCCGGAGAGUUUUUUCAUUUUGAAGUCUUGGUGUCUUAAUACGUGUAUUAUUUCGAAAUCGUGUUUAUUUAAAUAGCCAUAAUUUAUUGAGCACUAGAUUUUUUAAAAUUUUCUAAUGGCCAUUUUGUAAAUAUCAUUUCUAAGAUACAUUGAGUUUUGAAACGAUGUUGAUAUCUUUUCAAAUAACUUAAUUACAGCCACAAUUCUUUUACAUUGAAAACGCCAUAAGACGAAUACGUUUAACCUAGCCUUAAGGCUCUAGACCCUCUGGGAGCUGGCGCAUACGUUUUACGUGUAAACUGUUUUUAGCCGCAAAUUUAGACUUGAAGAGUUUCUUGACAUUUGCAGUGUUUCUUUAUAAGUAAAUGUAAGUCGAAGAGUCAUUUUUGAUUGAAAUAAAUGCCUAGAUAUUUUUUUAUUAAAUAAAAUGUCUGUUUAUGAAGUUGAUACGAAUUUUUGAUAACGGUGCAUUGUAUUGAGAAUUUAAAAAAAACAUUUUAUAGGAAAUUUAAAAAUACAGACCUGAGAUAUUUUAGAUUUUUGUUAACUGUUCUUAAUUGUUAGAUAUAAUGCAAAAAUUAAAUUGUAAGUAGGCAACUUUUAAUGCAUCCUUCUUCGAAUGCGUAGCUAGCUGGAAGAAGAUUUAUGACGGGUUUAGGACGCACCGCUGGAGGUAACCACCAUUGGGGUGACCCACAAGAUAAUAAUUUUAUUGCAUUUGUUCAAGACAGAGAAAUGUAUCGGCACAAAUAGGAAUUUUAGCGAUUUCUCUAAUAGUGGUAUAAAAUGAAAGCACAUGAUUUCGGAAUUAACAUUUUUUAACAAAAUAAUUAGGUACCUAUAGAUUUGCAUUACGUUUUUUUUGUAGACACUGCUAUCAACGUAUCUUAUGAGAUUUUGAAAUACGAGUAAUCACGCUCGCUAUUUUUUUGAAUACUUUUAACAAUAAAAUUAUUCCUGUUUUAAAAAAAAUAUAAAAAAGAUGAUUAAAACUUUGGUUGUACUUAGCUUCGUUCUGCACAGGUUUUGUGAUAGAACUACUGAGCUCCCUCACCACGACAAGGUGUCAACCCACUGAGGAAGUUUUUUUUACUUUUAUUGUUCAUUCCGUUUUAGAACCCUUUCGUUGUUUUUUCCAAAAAUUACGCAUUAUUUGUUUUCGACUUUUUC